AUGGUUGCCGUCGGUGACAACUCGCAGAUGGACAUCUACUCCCGUCUGGCCAAGGAUCGCAUCCUCUUACUGGGUCGCGCCGUCGACGACGAGGUCGCCAACUCCCUCGUUGCGCAGUUGUUGUUUUUGGCAAGUGAAGAUCCAGACAAGGAUAUCACUAUGUACAUCAACUCACCGGGAGGAGGAGUGUCUGCUGGCAUGGCCAUUUAUGAUACCAUGCAAUUCAUUCCGUGCGAUGUUCAGACGAUUUGCUUUGGUACAGCCGCGAGUAUGGGCGCAUUCUUGCUGAGUGCAGGGACUAAGGGAAAGAGGAAGAGCCUGCCGAAUGCCAGGAUUAUGAUCCAUCAGCCUCUCGGUGGCGCCCAAGGACAGGCAGCGGAUAUUGAGAUUCAAGCACGAGAGAUUCUGUUUGUCAAGGAUUUGCUGAAUGGUUACAUGGCCGAUUUCACAGGGCAGUCUUUGCAGAAAAUACAAAACGAUACGGACAGAGACUUCUUCAUGACGGCUGCCGAUGCCCAGGAGUACGGCCUUAUCGAUGAGGUCAUUAAGACCAAGAUAGAUGUUCCAGUUCUUGCUCGCCCAACACUUGUGUAA